CAGCAGCAGGUAGCACACGCUGCGGAUGGUUCUCGUUGCGGGUCGCAAAAUUGGCGUAAUCCCGUAUGUGCUGUGUCGGUAACGAAAACUAGCUUUUGAUCCACUGUAGCAAACUAUAAGCACAGUUAUUCAUCUUCGAUUUGUAGCCGAGGAGCUCUGUGUGCGUUCUUUAUCGAACCCUCCAGUACCGUCGAGUGGGCUUCGGAGCACGUGUAUGUGCUGUGCUGCAGUUGUGAUCAUCGGCACAUUUUGAACAUACUGUUGCCUGUGUCAGCUUGUGCGAGGGCUUCGUGACAGUGUACAUGCGUUAAACAUGGUAGUGUUUACAUGUAACACAUGUGGUGAUUCGCUGAAGAAAAACCAGGUAGAGAAGCACGUUUACACGAAAUGUCGCAGCUGCAAUGUGCUUACCUGCAUCGAUUGCAACAAAGACUUUUGGGGAGAUGCCUACAAGGAACACAUCAAAUGUGUUACUGAAGCAGAACGGUAUGGAGGGAAAAACUUCAAACCACAGACAUUUAAAGGAGAAGCCAAGCAGCAAGAAUGGACUGAGCUCCUGUCAAAGAUUAUUGAAACACACGAGAUGAGUCCACCUGUGAAAGAUGUCUUCAAAAGGAUGCAAAACUUCAACAAUGUACCAAGAAAAGAAAAGCCAUUCAAGAACUUCCUCCAGUCCAGCAUGGGAGUGCGAAACCCAGCUCUAGCUCAAGAUGUCUGGCAGACGGUCCAGAAAGCCCAGCAGACUCUGCAGAAAACACAGCCAGGAAACAAACAGUCUGAAAAGCCACAUGUCACUGCCGAGAAUGGCUCGAAGGACAAAAAACCACAGAAUUCAGGUGACAAAGCAAGUGACCAGCAGCAAGAAAAUGAAGAAACACAGGACACUUCAAGUGAGGAAAACAUGCCAGGCAAGAAGAGACCGCAGAAUGGCACUGCUGACGGAAAAGUUGAAAAAACCAAGAAGUCAAAGAAAGAGCUGCUGGAGAACACUGUGAACGAUGAAGUUAGUGAAGAGAAUUCGAAAAAAAGAAAGCGAAAGAAGCGGCAACAAGAAGAUGGGUUCUGCGAAGGCAACACGCAGGACGAGGAGCCAACAAAGAAAUCCAAGCAGCAGGACCAAGAGGCUAAUAAUGAAGCUGAAGAAGGUGAUGAAUCGGGGGACAGGGUGAGGUUUAAGUGGAAGAAAGCUGUCAAGGCGGCAUUGCUGGAGGCUGAUGAGCACCAACUCUCUCAGAAGCAGCUGCGGAAAAAAGUGUUCAAGGAAUGUCGCAGCAAAGGUGGGAAUCUUUCAGAUGAAGAAAUGCAGGCGAAGUUUGAUAAAGUACUCUCCAACACAAGGUACUUUGAACAUGAAGGUGAUGUGGUUCGCUUGGUGCAUAUAGCAGCUAAAUAAAUGUGUCUAUGGUCUCCCAA